UGCGAGGAAAGUCAAACCUGUUCCUGCUAGAGCCAACCACAAACCUAAACCGAUCGCGCAAUGGCCAGGAUAAAAAGGUGAUGAAUUAUCACAGAGUUUUACAACUCUGGUUGCAUUCCAAGCCAUAGGAUGCAGAGUGAGAGCUAAAAUGUAAAAGAUUCCCGCGAUGGUCUGUGCUGCACCAGUGGUGGUAAACAAGGACUUUUUAAAAAUGCUUUGGAAGCAACAAGCUGCAAAACUCAUGACUACCGAAACAAACAUGAUUGUCAAACCUAAAAUAUUAUUAAAUAUUUAGAAUAUUAAUUACAGUAAUGUAAAAAUUACCUACCAAUUGAUAUGAAAACAGUCGCAAUUUUCCAUUCAGUUGGAAAUACUUCUGCAUCAGUUGCCAAACCGCGUGUUGCUAGUGUCGUGCAUUGUAACAUAUUCGUGCGCUGCUUUUCCAUGCAUCUUGUGUAAACACCAAUUGAAUUUUCACCCUUUCCAAGCAGCCAUUGUGGACUAAGCAAUGCACUUAGCAUUAUCAUGCUUGAUAGGAGGCUGGUGAGAGUCCAUGAUAACGUACGGCACGUCACUAUGACAUACCACAUUGUGAUUUGAAAGGUUUUCCUUUUUCAAUCAAGUCUUGUGUUUGAUAAUUUCAGUCUUCUGUAACAUAUAGAACACACCUCUCAUAUUAGUGGUAAUACCACUGAAACAUGACUGCAAAAUCAACAACAAGCAUACAUCGGAAAAAGAAACAUCUAAGCAACAAUCAGUAUGUUAUUCAAUGCAUGAACUGGUUUAAAACGGCUUUAGAAGAGAAUGCUGCUCAACUUCCCAAGAUAUUUAUUGAUGGUGAACGUUAUCAACCAGAUUUUCCAGUCGCACCAAAUCAAACUCAAGUCCAUUUUACCUUUACAAAUGAAGGUAGUCCUCGAGCAAUAAAAUACAAAUUAAAUUCGUUAGAAGAUGAAGGACUUCUCACUCUUCAACAGCUCCUACCAACUUUUCCUUAUCUCACUGAACUGCGUUUUGAAUUCUGUGAUCUCAGCUACGAUCAAGUGGUUUUCAUUCAUAUGAUUCUUCAAGAAAACCAUCAAAUUGUUCGUUUAUCUUUGAACGGGAAUCCAAAUAGAAAUGAAUUCGGUAAAAAAUCUCACCACUUACUUCAUCGCAGCACGAAUUUGAAAGUGUACAGCGUACAAUUAUGUAAGUUGGGACCAUCUGUCUGCCAACUGUUCUAUAACGAGUUGCACAUUCCUGAUAAAUACACACGAAAUUUGGUGAGUCUUAAUCUGGGGUGCAAUCAUUUGGGCGACGUUGGAUGCGCCUGGAUAGCACAAAUUUUGCGUACGAAUCGAGCCCUACAGGCGUUAAAUAUUUCCGAAAAUGGUAUUUCAGAAACAGGACUACUUGGUUUACUGGAAGUAUUCUCUUGUUUCAAACUGCAUCUUCAUGAAACAUUUCAAAAGAGAAAAUUGCGUUUCAAACAAUUAAUGCAGACACAUUUUCCUUCGUCUAAAACUGAAGCAUUUAAGUCGUCAUCAGUAUCACCGGAUAAAUUCGGAUUUAUUUCGCAUGAUCCUGUAAAUGCUGCGAAUCAAUUCAAUCAUCCAUUUAUUACUGAUUCACUCGUGAAGGAUGGCCAAUUAUUUUGUAGCGGAAAUAAUUCUCUGACGUAUCUUAACAUUGCAUAUAAUGGCAUUACAAGAAAUGUUUUGGAGGAUCUUAUUGAGAAGAUCAAUUAUCAAAAGACACAUUUGAAAUUUGGCGGUUUACAACGAGUUGUAUUUGAAAGUCAGCAGACGUUUCCUGAUUUAGAAGAAGAGAUUAUUAAGCGUUUAAGUAGUCCGAAUCAACGGACUACAGCUAGAAUUUCAAGAGCCAAAUCUUCGUUACUUUAAAAUUGUGAAAUCAAAACCAAAACCUAAAAGAUUCAAUGUUUAACGUGGGCAACACAAAUUACACAUUAGUAAUUAUAUUAUUAUUGUUAUA